AUGUCGGCUACUUGUGGGCCACCUGCCGAGUGCGGUGAGUACACGUCAUCGACCGAGGUGACCAACUGGGCAGAGUCGUACUCGUCGCCGUUGGCGUAUCUGUUUGCGCCGAGGAGUGAGGACGAGGUGGUCGCCAUCGUCACUUGGGCCGCGUCCAUGGCCGAGAGCAAGCCGGGCGAUGGUGAGCGGAGGAAGCCGCUGGUCAAAGCCUUUGGCGCCAUUCACUCGCCCGGACCGCUGCCGCUGCCGCUGCCCAAGGACGGGGAGGAGGCCCGGGUGCGGAUCGGAGUCAACAUGGACGGCAUCGAUCGGGUUCUGGCCUACGAUGGGGAGAAGCGGGUGCUGACGGUCGGCGGAGGGAUGCGACUGGAGGCGCUGAAUCGAGUGGCGGCGGUGCUGGGACUCGCGCUUCCGGUCCUAGGCUCGAUCUCGGAGCAGUCAAUUGCUGGAGCGAUUGCGACUGCGACGCACGGGACGGGCGCCGAGUGGGGCUCGAUCUCGGCCCAGGUCCGCGGCCUGCGGCUGGUGGACGGGACCGGGCGUGUGGUGAGUGCAAGCGCUACUGAGGCGCCUGACGUGCUUGCAGCCGGGCGGUGCCACAUCGGUGCGCUGGGUAUUGUGACUGCGGUCUCGCUCGAGCUGGUUCCUGCCUUCAAACUCUCGACACAGAGCUCGCUGGUGCCUGCGGCGGAUGCGUUUGCGGCGCUCGAUGCGCACCGGACCGCGUCGGACCACACCAAGCUUCUGUGGUACCCACACAGCGACUUGGUCAAGAUUGAGUACACCGAUCGGGUGUCGGUGGCUGCGGCGAGCGCGCCUGCGGCGUCCAGCUGGUUCCGCAACGUAGCGAUCGGCCACCGUGCGGUCGAGUUUGGGCUCUGGCUCUCGUCGUUUGCGCGGCCGGUGGAGGCGUGGGUGGAGACGAUGUUUGUGGAGGGUGUGGUGAAGCCGCAGCUUGCGCCGGCAUCGGCGCCUAUUGUGGACGACUCUGUGGCGCUGUUCAACAUGGACUGCCUGUUCUCGCAAUACGUAACCGAGUGGGCGGUGCCGCACGCGGCGGCGCGCGGAGUGCUUGAGCAGCUGCGGGAGCUUGUGCGUGGGGCGUCGUUUGCGGUCCACUUUCCGAUUGAGAUUAGGUUUGUGGCUCGCGACGACGAGUCGUGGCUCUCGCCGGCGUACGGCGAGGGCGUGACGUACAUCGGGAUCAUUGUGUACCGGCCAUACGGGCGCGACAUUGCGCGGUCCCAGUACUGGGCAGCGUACGAGAGAAUCAUGCUCGCGGCUGGCGGGCGGCCACACUGGGCCAAGGCGCAUCCGCUAACAGCGGCGACGCUGCGGGCGCAGUAUCCCCAGCUGAACGCGUUUGAGGCGGUCCGGGCCGAGCUCGAUCCACACGGCCUGUUUACGAAUGCUGCGCUUGCGCAGGUCUUGCCGUCGCGGCUGUAA